AUGGAGCCAGAGGAGAAGAGGGCUGCGUAUGCCUGUGACGUCACAUACGUGACGAACCAGCAGCUGGGCUUCGACUAUCUUCGGGAUCAGAUGGCCUGUCGGCCAUCUGAUCUCCGGCUUCGCUCGGAGGACCCGUUUUCUUGCGCCAUCGUCGACGAAGCCGACUCGGUGCUGAUCGACGAAGGACGUACCCCACUGGUCGUAUCUACGCAGUCGACGAUACCCUCCGAGAAGUACACCACAGCGCUUCAAGUAGCAAGUCAGCUGGCGAAGUUGACAGACUACACAGUGCUUGAGAAAGAGAAGACUUGUGUUCUGACGGAAGUUGGAGAGGUCAAAGUGUCGGAUGCCUUGGGAAAGAACGACCUGUUCGAUCCCCAGGACCCAUGGGCACCGUUUAUCGUCAACUCGUUGACAGCCAAAGAGCUAUAUCAACGAGAUCGGCAGUACCUGGUCCGAGAUGGUAAAGUGGUCGUAGUCGACGAAUUCACUGGGCGACCAGUGGAGGGCCGCAGCUGGAGUGACGGCUUGCAGCAGGCAAUUGAAGCGAAGGAGGGCGUCGAGAUUCAGCCUGAGGCUGUGGUGCUUGCGUCCAUCUCCUAUCAGUGCCUCUUCCGUUUGUUCAAGAAGCUUUCAGGGAUGACCGGAACAGCGUCCACCGAAGCGCAAGAGCUGGAGUCCAUCUACAACCUCACGGUGAGCCCCGUUCCCUCCAACAAGCCCUGCCAGCGCUUGGAUGAAGAGGACGAGGUCUACACCACCGAAGGUGGGAAGUGGAGAGCUGUCACAGCGGCCGCCUGCGAGGCGCACAGGCUGGGCCGACCUGUGCUCGUUGGAACCACGAGCGUGGAGAAUUCUGAGGUCCUUGCUGGAUAUCUCAGCCGGGAGGGUCUGACCUACAAGCUGCUAAAUGCCAAGCCUGAGAAUGCAGCCAGAGAGGCUGAGAUCGUGGCUGCUGGCGGUCUACCAAAUGCGAUCACGAUCGCAACCAACAUGGCAGGCCGGGGGACUGACAUAGUGCUCGGUGGAGAUGGGAAAGCGAUGGCAAAGCUGUAUCUCAAGGAAGCUCUGCGAAAUGUGUCCUCCACAGCCACGCCAGACGAGACCUCGCCGGAGCUCUCGGAAUUAUGCCUUCCCUUGUCGGAUGCUAUCCAGGAAGAGCUCACAUCCGCUUCUUCUCUCGUGGCAAGCACUGCGCCGUCUCUGGCUGCGGCAGACAUCGAGCGGGCCGUGGCCGGUGAGGCCUUACCCGAAGCUAGCGACGCUGUGCUGGCGGCGGUGCAGUCGCUCAGGGCCACGUACCACAAGGCGCAGGACCACCUCCUGGAAGCUUGCGAGCUCCAGAGUCGCGAGGUCGUGGAAGCUGGCGGCCUGUGCGUUCUCGGCACGGAGCGGCAUGAGGCCCGGCGAAUCGAUAACCAGCUGCGUGGCCGCGCUGGGCGCCAGGGCGAUCCCGGCAGCUCCCGGUUCUUCCUGAGCCUUACGGACAAGGUCUUCCGUGUUUUCGGCGGUGACACGAUUCGCAUGCUGACUGCGGACAUGGGUGGCGCAGAUGAUGUGCCCAUGGUGUCUCCUCUUGUGUCGGGAGCCAUUGAUGAAGCACAGAACCAGGUUCAAAGCUUUUUCUUCGGGAUCCGCAAGGAUGUCUUCAAGUACGACGAAGUGCUUGAUCAACAAAGACAGGUUGUGUAUGGCGUGCGUCGGAAAGCGCUGCUAGACUCCGACGAAGGGGUCCUGGACUCUCUCCGAAGCUACUGCACGGAGAGUAUGGCUGAGCUUGUCGAGCAGCUCAUAUCUGCGAGUCAGCCGCUCGAUGCCUGGCCACUGGAACGAAUGGCUGCAAAGCUAUCGGCAUGGUUUACCGGCACCCUGUCCGUGACCCCUGAAGAUCUCCGAGCAGUCGCCGGCGCUGGCGGCGAGGAGGGCUGCGAAGCCCUAAGAUGCUGGGUGCAACGUGAGGGCCUGGAGGCAAUCGACCGCAAAGCCGCGAGGAUCGACGAGGAUGCACCGCAGCUGCACCGCGCGGUGUUCCGGCAGGUGUUGUUGAUGCAGAUUGACAACUACUGGCGGAAGCACCUGAAAUACAUGACCUUCCUGAGGAACUACUCAAAGCUCCGGAGUUACGGACAAAGAGAUCCGUUGGUGGAGUACAAGCUCGACGGAUACAAAGCCUUUCAGGUGAUGAUGGGCAAGAUCCGGCGUGACACUGUCUACUACCUCUUCACUUUCCAACCCAGGCCGUUGCGACCAAUCCUUGCCGAGCGCUUUGCUGACAAAUCGCCACCCGAGCCGGAUGCGGGAUUGCUUCAACAGGUUUUGGCGCUCCUGGAUGUCACGGGUCCACUGCUGCCUCUGAGCGAUGGCCGCCUGUCCCUGCUCCUGGAGGAAGGCGGCUUGAAGAAUCCCGAGGAGCGCUUGCAUUGGCUGCACACUGCUGAUGGUGUGGAAGCCCUGGAAGAUGCGUUUGCACGGGCCGUCUACGUGAGCAAAGCCGAUGUAGCCUAG